UCACACACUUCAGCUAGAGUUGAGCUUACCUUCUCUCACGGGCGAGUCCCUACCAAACGCUGGGCCAUCCCACAGUUCGGGUAAAGCUUCGUUGCCGGUUAGUGGCGGCCCAGCUCAGAGGAGGUAGGGCAAGAGUUCCUCAGAGCAACCCAGGGGUUUGGAGGUCUGAAGAAUGGUGGUGGCAUUCCUGCUGGGGCUCAGCUGGCUGUGCUCUCCCUCGGCAGCCCUGGUUCUAGAUUCCAACAUCAUCAAGAGCUCUGCAGAGGUACAGGCCACGAGGAAGGGUUCGCAGUGCUCGAUAGACAGAGAUUGCACUGUUAGAAAAUUCUGCCUUAAACCCCGAGAUGAAAUGGCAUUCUGUGCUACCUGUCGUGGGCUGAGGAGAAGAUGCCACCGUAAUGCCAUGUGCUGCCCGGGGACGGUCUGUGUCAAUGAUGUAUGUACACUGGCUGAAGAAAUCCCACUUUUGGAGAGGAGGCUGGAUGACCAAGAUGGAUUGAUUUUAAAAGUUACAACUCAGCAUCCAAUACAAGAAAACAAACCUAGGAGAAAGUCAAAUCCCAACAAAUCUCAAGGAAGCAAAGGGCAAGAAGGAGAAAGCUGCCUGCGCACUUUUGACUGUAGCCCUGGCCUGUGCUGUGCUCGCCAUUUCUGGACUAAAAUUUGUAAACCAGUUCUCAUGGAGGGGCAGGUCUGCUCUCGGAGGGGCCACAAAGACGUUCAAGGUCCAGAAAUCUUCCAACGGUGUGAUUGUGGCCCUGGUUUAUCUUGUCGAAAUCAGAACACUGGGACUCCACAUCAAACACGGUUAAGAGUCUGUCAAAAAAUCUAAAAUGACUGUAAUCUGAAAUCAGGAGUCAGGGGGUGACCCCUCACUCUUGAGUCGUGUAAGUACAAAACUCAAAGAACGAUUUUAAACUUUUCCUAGAUACAGUCACUUCCUGCAUGUAGUUGGGAGAUCCUGACCUUGUGACACUCAAUACAAGGCUGAAGGUAGAGUAACUGUCAGAUGUUUUCAGAAUUACUUUAGCGGCUCAGUUGAAUUACUGAAAAAGGCCUCGCUUCCUUGUGUCAACUUCCUUCAUUCUGUAGAAAACUGACAUCCUUCCACAUUAAAGAUUUAUUUUUGACACGACUCCUAAUAUGGGUAAAAAACCCCACCAACCUCAAAAAAUGGAUCUUGUCAGGUGUUUGUACUUUGGCUGAAGAUUCAGAGGAAAAUGAAGGGGAGUGAAGACAAAGUUGUCAAGCCUUUCCAGUGAGCAAAACGACCAGAGUGGGUUACUAUGAAAAUUGCUGAUUGAUGUUUCCCUUCCCAAUGGGUUCAUCUGUCUCCAACGCUGGAACACAAACAACUGCUAUUUCAUUAUGCCCCAGAAAAAUAAAAUAGUUAUAGAGAGUUGGAAUGGACUGCAAGAGACCAUCUAGUUCAGCAAGGAAAAUAAACAUAUCAAUACAAUUUAUCUGUUCUAUUACAUAAAGGUAAGGAUUCUGUGCUUUAUGCUUUUGUCACUCCCCAAGUGUGAAUGUCCUGGCUAGAUCUGACAAUUCAUACUUCAGAUUUUUAUGUAUAUUUGAAAGAAAUUGUGAGAAAAUAUGAAGUUUUAAAGUGUGAGAAUAAAAUUUUCGAUUAUUGUAA